AUGUCCAGUCCGAUCCCGCAAGCCACUGCGGCCCAUCCGGAUGUCCUCGACGUUGACGAAGCCGCGAUCCGCGGCGACGACGCCGACUCGGCGGUAGGUUCGGUCGCCAGUUCUACCACGUCAAUCAAUUCGAGCAUUCUCCGAUAUCGUCAGGAGAACGGCCGAACGUAUCACGCCUACAAGGAUGGCGCCUAUCCUAUGCCCAACGACAAUGACGAGCAGGAGCGCCUCGACCUCCAGCACCACCUGUUCCUCAUGACUUUCGAGAACAAGCUGUACCUGUCGCCCGCCGGCCGCGGCGGCCACCAGAUCCACAACGCUCUCGACGUCGGCACGGGCACGGGCGUCUGGGCCAACGACUUUGCGGACGAGUUCCCCUCGGCGUCGGUCGUCGGUGUCGAUCUCAGCCCCAUCCAGAGUCCCUUUGUCGCCCCCAAUGUGAACUUUCUCGUCGAUGACAUUGAGGCGCCGUGGACGUUCCACAAGAAGUUUGACUUCAUCUACAGCCGCAUGAUGACCGCUGCGCUCGCCGACUUCCCGGGCUUCUUCCAGAAGGCGUACGAGAACCUGACGCCCGGCGGAUGGUUUGAGAUUGCCGACAUCUGCCCCAUCACCAGCGACGACGGCACCCUGACGGAAGACACGUCCACUCACGCGUGGGUGACGCAGUUGCUGGAAGGCACGCGGAAGAUUGGCCGGCCCUUUGACGGCGCUUUCGACUACAAGAAGCAGCUCGAGGCGCAGGGCUUCCAGAAUGUGCAGCAGGUCGUCUUCAAGUGGCCCCAGAACACGUGGCCCAAGGAUCCCAAGUACAAGGAGCUAGGCAUGUGGAACCUUGAGAACAUCACGUCCGGCCUUCAUGGGUUGAGCGCUGCUGUGUAUACCCGCGUUCUCGGCUGGUCGCACGAAGAGAUGGAGGUCCUGCUGGCCAAGGUGCGCCGUGAGCUGAAGGACACCAGGAUUCACUCCUACUGGCCGAUUUAUGUCGUGUAUGGCCAGAAGCCCGAGAGUAAGAAGGAUGAGAGCGAGGAGGCUGAGGGUAGUGCCUAG